AUGGAUAAUAUCUGCAUGUUUUCUGUUAAAACCGACACGUCCAGGGUCCUUAUUCUAAUCUCGAACUACUACUCGGAAGACAUUCCAAGACAGAACAGACGUAAAAUUUCAAGCACUAGUGAUACAGAUGAGACUGUAAGCAAAUCUAUGUUUCAGUCUACGGAAGAAUCUAAUAUUCUGAAGCUUGAUAGUGUACAAGAUGUAGAUACACAAAAACUGACUAAGACAGUUCCUUGGCGUAAAAAGAUUCAAGAAGAUUCAUUAGAAUUACAAAAGACUACUGAAACAAAACACUGGCGUAAGUCUCGAGCUGACAAAGUCGAUGAUACUAAGAUCAGUAGUGAAGAAACAAAUAAAAUAACGAAUGACGUGUUAGACAAAAAGCAAAGUCAUCUAGAAAAAUACACGCUUUCAGACGAUAGCACUAUCCUUGGGUUAGAUGAAACUACUGAUACAAAGGUAAAAGAUGAUUCACUGGUCACUAAAACAUGGCGGAAACCACGUACAUCAGAUACUAGAAAAUCAGUUGAUAAAAAUAUUAUAACACAAGAUGAAGUUGCAGUAGAAGAAAAUUUAGAAGUUAAACAUUGGCGAAAACCAAGAGAAAAGGAAGAACCCUCUCCCACUGGAAAAGAAGUUGAGGCUACAACAAAGCUUGAUGUAGAAGAAACAAUUCGUUGGAGAAAACGACGUUCAGAAGAAAAACAACAAAUUGCAUCUACACAAGAGAGACAAGAGCCUCUUCCCUGGACUCAAGAAAGUAUUAAGUUACGCCCGACUAAAGUGGAAAAAUCUGCUAUUAUUAAAGAAAAAGUAGAAGAUGUAACUUUAAAACAUAUAAGAAAAGAUUCUAUUCAGAAAACAGAUUUAUUUGAAAAGACUGAUUUUCAGGAUGAUCUAAAUAUUGAAGAGAUUCUACUGAAGAAAGGAAAAAGGCACCUAAAAGAAGAAGAACCCAAAGAAGAAGUAUUUCUGAAGCCAAUUCCGGAGCCAAAGGUGCCAGAGGAAGAAAAGCCAGAGGAAGUUCAACUUAAACCAGUGAAAAAGGAGAAACCAGUUGAAGAAGCUGCACCCGAAGAACGUAAAUGGCCCGCUGGUAAAAGGCGCCCUAAGGAGGAAGAACACAAGGAAGAAGUAAUACUGAAACCUAUUCCGAAGCAAAAGGUGCCAGAGGAAGAGAAACCAGAAGAGGUUCAACUUAAACCAGUGAAAAAGGAGAAGCCAGUUGAAGAAGCUGUACCCGAAGAACGUAAAUGGCCCACUGGCAGAAGGCGCCCUAAGGGGGAAGAACACAAGGAAGAAGUAAUACAGAAACCUAUUCCGAAGCAAAAGGUGCCAGAGGAAGAAAAGCCAGAGGAAGUUCAACUUAAACCAGUGAAAAAGGAGAAGCCAGUUGAAGAAGCUGUACCCGAGGAACGUAAAUGGCCCACUAGCAAGAGGCGCCCUAAGGAAGAGGAACCCAAAGAAGAAGUAAUUUUGAAGCCUGUUCCGAAGCAAAAGGUGCCUGAGGAAGAGAAACCAGAAGAGGUUCAACUUAAACCAGUGAAAAAGGAGAAGCCAGUUGAAGAAGCUGUACCCGAAGAAUGUAAAUGGCCCACUGGCAGAAGGCGCCCUAAGGAGGAAGAACACAAGGAAGAAGUAAUACUGAAACCUAUUCCGAAGCAAAAGGUGCCAGAGGAAGAAAAGCCAGAGGAAGUUCAACUUAAACCAUUGAAAAAGGAGAAGCCAGUUGAAGAAGCUGUACCCGAAAAAAGUAAAUGGCCCACUGGCAAGAGGCGUCCUAAGGAAGAGGAACUCAAAGAAGAAGUCAUUCUGAAGCCAGUUCCGAAGCAAAAGGUGCCAGAGGAAAAGAAACCAGAAGAGGUUCAACUCAAACCAGUGAAAAAGGAGAAGCCAGUUGAAGAAGCUGUACCCGACGAGCAUAAAUGGCCCACUGGCAAGAGGCGUCCUAAGGAAGAGGAACUCAAAGAAGAAGUCAUUCUGACGCCAGUUCCGAAGCAAAAGGUGCCGGAGGAAGAAAAACCAGAAGAGGUUCAACUCAAACCAGUGAAAAAGGAGAAGCCUGUGGAAGAAGCUGUACCCGAAGAACGUAAAUGGCCCACUGGCAGAAGGCGCCCUAAGGAAGAGGAAUCCAGAGAAGAAGUAAUACUGAAGCCAGUUCCGAAGCCAAAGGUGCCAGAGGAAGAAAAGUCAGAGGAAGUUCAACUUAAACCAGUGAAAAAGGAGAAACCGGUUGAAGAAGCUGCACCCGAAGAACGUAAAUGGCCCGCUGGUAAAAGGCGCCCUAAGGAGGAAGAACCCAAAGAAGAAAUCAUCCUGAAGCCAGUUCCGAAGCAAAAGGUGCCUGAGGAAGACAAACCAGAAGAGGUUCAACUCAAACCAGUGAAAAAGGAGAAGCCAGUUGAAGAAGCUGUACCCGAAGAGCAUAAAUGGCCCACUGGCAAGAGGCGUCCUAAGGAAGAGGAACUCAAAGAAGAAGUAAUACUGAAGCCAGUUCCGAAGCCAAAGGUGCCGGAAGAGGAG